CGAAGGACAAAAUUCAAAAUUGGAAAUUGCGAAUUCAAUCGGGAAUCAAGAAAUUUUGACAGUCUCUCGACACUCGAUGACCAGCCGAAAAGGAUCCUCCUCCUCUCCCUCUCUUCUACAACGCAUACAGCAAGCAAGCAAGCUAGCGACGAAGUACAAACUACGAGCUCCCCAAACAACCACCACCCUCUUCGUUUACCAUGAUUAGCCGAAUCUCGCGCCAGCUCCUGGCCAAACAAAACGCGGAAACCUCGAGCGCCCUGAUCGAGCAGCUCGGGACCUCCGAGGCCUUUUCCUUCCUCUCGCUCCGGGAGCAGGAAGCCAUCCUGAAACGCGAUCAGGAAGACUCGGUAAAGCUCGACAAGGGCAUUGAGUUCGCCAAGGCUAAGGGCGUUCUCGACAAAAACUACGUUGCACAGCCCUACGUCUCCAUCGACGUCCUGGGAAAGACCCCGUCCCUGGUGGCCGACGGGAUCAUUGGAAGUGUCAAGACCGACAGCAACGGCGAAAGCGGCGACGGAUCGGUCAUCGUCCUGUGCGGGCUCUCCGGAACCGGAAAGGGGACCACCGUGAAAAUGCUCGAGGAAAAACUCACCAGCGACGAAGGAAAGCAGGUAGUCUGCUGGUCCAACGGAAACAUCUUCCGCAGCGUCACCCUCCUCGCCGUCACCUGGUGCGAGCAGCAGGAGGGCCUCGGAGCCUUUGACAAGGACCGGGCACUGACCAAGGAAAACCUGGAGACCUUCAUGGGGAUGCUCACCUUUGGAAAAUACAACGGCAAGUACGACACCCACAUCCACGGCCUCGGCCUGGACUUGUACAUCUCGGAGGUACAGAACACGGAGCUCAAGUCCCCCAAGGUCUCGGACAACAUUCCCACCGUGGCGGAGGUCACCCAGGGCGAGGUCGUCUCCUUCGCGGCCGGUGCCGUCGAUACCAUGGGAAAGGACGGCAUUGUGGUCCUCCUGGAGGGCCGCGAGCAGACGGUGGACUUUGUCAGGACGCCCCACCGGUUUACCCUGGUCCUCUCGGACGAGUCCCUCAUCGGCAAGCGGCGGGCCGCCCAGCGGGUCAUGGCGGCGGCCCUAGAGGUGACCUCCGACGAGUCGACGGACGACGAGGUGGGGAAGGCCCUCGAGGCGUGUACCGAGAAGUUCGCCAUUGAGGCAGGGUACCAACCCGCAAACUAGGCCGGGCCGGUACGAGCCCUCCUCCGGUCAACUACGGUAUGGGAGCAAACACAGAACGA